CUCUAUUACUUCAGUGCAUCAACCAGCAAAGUGGGGGGGGGGGGGGGGUUAAACCCUUUCGGUUUCUUAAUUCCUGGAUCUGGCAUUAAACAUUCCAACAGACUAUUAGAGAUGUUUGGUCCAAGUUCCCUACAACAGGAGGAAUGAGGGGUCUGACCUCCAAACUGCAAGCUACAAAAACUGCCCUAAAAGUCUGGAAUCAAACCACCUUUGGAAACAUCUUCCUCAACCUCAAAAACUUGGAGCAGGAAGCCAUUCAAGCCCAACAACUCUUUGAGACAGACACCACAUAUUUUAACAGAACUUCUGCUCAACUAGCCAAUGCAAAACUCAUCAAAGCUGUCAAUAUGGAAGUGGACUAUUGGAGACAAAAGGCCAACAUCAGGUGGCUAGAUAAGGGUGACGCAAACUCCAAACUCUUCCAAGCUUAUGCCAAGGGGAAGAGAAAGAAACUUUCUAUCAAACACAUUAUUACCUCUGGAGGAAGAGGUAUCUCAUCCCCCAACGAAAUUAAAGAGGAGGCCAUUCAACACUUUCAGAAACUCUACACCUUCAACCACACCCCAUCCCACAGCAUUAUCACUAGCCUGAUUCCCAAGGUUAUCACAAAGGAGGACAAUAUGAUGCUGAGUGCAAUCCCAAACAUUAAUGAAGUAAAGAAGGUUGUCUGGGAGCUUAACGGGGAUAGUGCAAGUGGACCAGACGGAUUCAAUGGAAAUUUCUUCAAAACCUGUUGGGAGACAAUUAAAAACGAUGUGCUCAUUGCUUCCCAAGAGUUCUUCCUUGGCAGACCCAUCCCUUGUGCAUACAAAAGCACCUAUCUGACUCUCAUCCCCAAAACCUUGAACCCCAAGCGCUUUGAUGACUACCGUCCUAUUUCCCUCUCCACCUUCAUGACCAAGAUCAACACCAGAAUUCUGUCCAACAGACUUAAUACCCUCCUCCACAAACUUAUCUCUCCUGAGCAGGUAGCUUUCCUGAAGGGGAGAUCCAUUGAUGAUCAUAUACUGGUGGCCCAAGAAGCUAUACACAUUAUUGACAAAAAGGUGUAUGGAGGCAACACUAUUGUCAAGAUUGAUAUGGAAAAAGCUUUUGAUAAAAUGGAAUGGAGCUUCAUUGAGGGGAUGCUUAAUUCCUUUGGAUUUUCUGAUCAGUCCAUCAACCUUUUGAUGGCCAAUCUCAAAGGAACAAAAUUAGCAUUCUCAUCAAUGGAGAACCAUGUGGAUUCUUUAAAAUGUCCAGAGGAGUUAAACAAGGAGACCCCUUCUCCCCUCUCCUUUAUAUCAUUGCAGGUGAAGGAUUCAGUAGGCUGCUCAAUCACUAUGUUGACACUAACCACUUCCAAAGAUUUAAUGCAGGCUGGAGGUCUUGGCAUUCGAAACCUUGAGAAAAUACAACAAGCAUAUUCAUUGAAGCUAUGGUGGAAAGCACAAAACGAUCAGAGUAUAUGGGGUCCCUUUGUCAGAGCAAAAUAUAUGAGGUCUGGAUCCAUAAAAGAGAAAAUAACUGAUUCUCCAUCAUGGAAGAGGAUCUGCAGGGUUCACGCCAUAGGGUCAGCUCAUAGUAACAUCUCGGGGGGAGGAGCGACUUGGUCAGGAGGUUCUUUCAGUCUUGGCAGUGCCUAUAAAAUUGGAGAGGAAGGUUUACCAUCCUCUAUCACCAACAAGUUCAUCUGGCAAGAGACACAAAUCCCCAAAAUCAAGAUUUUCCUUUGGAAAUGUCUUAACAAAUCUCUCCCUUUCCCUGCCAACCUAAGACGCUUCAACCUUGCUCUCACAAGCAGAUGCAACUUAUGCCAGGCUGGAGAGGACUCCCUAGACCACGCACUACUUCAUUGUCCAUGCACUGCCAAAGUUUGGGAAUAUUUUGGACACAUUCCCUCAGCUCCACCACGACGCAUUGGCAACCAACUACGUCAACACUUGAUCGCCUGGUGGCUAAGUGGGAACAGCCGAAGCUUCAAAGGAAACCUCAAGCUCAUCCUCCCUGGAAUCAUCUCUUGGGUCCUUUGGAAAGCUCGUAACACAUCCAUCCAUGAAGGGAAAUCAGCCACCACAGCUUCACUAAUCCAACAAUGCUUCAAACUGGUGCAGGGAUGGUGUUGGGUUAAUAGAAACAAGAAAUGGCUCGUCAAGGAUGAAGACUUCAAAGCACCGGAAUCAAAUGUUAUCCAAGGUGGUGCACGUGGACACUUUAACCGUGGCCGCGGAAAUAACCGCAACAAAGGGCCGAAUAGGGGCUAUAAAAAUCCAAAUGUAUCAUCCUCCAAGGGAAAAGGAAAAUUCAAACCACCACAGGCUAAAACUCAUGAAAAGCCAAAACCAAGUGGUGAAUGCUAUAAAUGUGGCAUAAAAGGACAUUGGGCUAAUGAAUGUCGAACGGCAAAACACUUGGUAAAAUUAUACCAAGUUUCCACAAAAGGAAAAGGAAAAAAUGUGGAGGCUAAUUAUGCUGAUGAUAUCAACCCAAUUUUGCCUAAAUUUGAUGUGUCCGAUUUCUACAUGAAUGAUGCUGAAAUUGGUGAUGAGGUGGCUUUUGGUGGAACAGCUACUGUUUAAUUUUUUUUAAUUGUCAUGUUAUGGGUUAUUUUCGCCGAAGAUGACCAAAUUGAGCUUGCCGUGCGCCACUGCUCUCAUCGUCCGCCGGGGUUUGCGAUAAGCUUUCUACAUCUCUCUUUUGAUUUUUUUAUCGUUCGCCGGAGUUUGCAGUAAGCUUUCUAGAUCUCUUUUUGAUUUUGCAUUUAUUUCUAUCAUCUCGAUGUGGGAAUAAUAAGUAUGCGUCUUGAUCUGAAAAUUGCACCAAUAAUCUGGAGAAGACGUCUAAGAACAGUAUAUGCCGGAUAGUUGUGCCUCGAAUAAGCCAAUUGUGGGUCCGAAGAUAGAGAGUACAAAUUUGAGCUAGGGUUAUUCAUUUCUUCAACUUUAGUCUCAAUAGGCCAAGGAGGUCCACCAUCCAAAAGAUCGGGGCAAGCAAUGAUGAUGGGCCAUGAAGGACCAGGUUUAAGAUUAGUUGUAGCGAGUUUUAGUGCCAUCUAGGAAUCCAAGUCUUUAACUCGGAUCUUUGUAUCACAGAAUCAAAUCAUGCACUGUGAUGAAGAGCAAUAGUCUUUAUCAUUUUCCUAAAACUAGGCUUCUCAAACAACAAAUGGUUUGGAUUGUUUUUUUUAUUAAUAACAACUCUGAGUAGCUAUAAACUUAUCUUAGUACGGAGUUGUUUUUGAGAGAAAUUCAAGAAACCAAAGCCUAUAAACCCCAAUCCUUUUAGGCUAAGAACUGAAGUAAGAAGAGCUACACUUUGGAUUCAGAUUCGUGUGUUAGAUUGUGAAUAUAUUUGUUUGUUUUUUGAUAAGUUAACAUUUUUGUUAUCAAGAAAUAAGCAUUCUCACAGAAUAUGAAUAUGUGAGGAAAGGCCAUAUCCAAAACACCCCCCCCCCAAUGGAAAUUUGCUAGCAAAAGUGGAGGAGAUAGUUGGGUAAAUAUUGUGUGUAACACCCUAAUCCGUCCAGUUUUGCAGCUCGUUACAGGCUAAAGUAUGAACUUGGUAUUCGCAAACAUUCAAAAUAUUUCGAACAUUUCCAAACUUUAUUUCAUAAUAAAUUAUUUGGGAUAAUAACAGAGUAUUUAAAGUUGCGGAAACUUAAUAAAUCACAAUUACAAAACAUAAUAAAUUUAUGUCUUUUAGAACAGCAAUUAGAAUUCACUUAUCCAUCCCGACCAUCUUGCCCCAUCUACCACCAGAAAAUCAUCACUUCAUUCUUUUUGUUUACCUGUGUGUAGCAAAUAAAACAUACUACACGCUCAACGGUAAAACUGAGUAAGAAUAUCUAAUGCAUCGAACAUCUAUAUAAAUUGAAUCUCAAUUC